AUGAAGUUGGACAUAAAAAAAGCAUUCGCAAAUCGGUCUGAUCGUGUGAAGGGUAUUGACUUUCAUCCCUCUGAACCAUGGAUUUUGACAACACUAUAUUCUGGUAGAGUCGAGAUUUGGAAUUUCGAAACGCAAACAGAAGUCAAGUCGAUUGCAGUAACAGAUACCCCAGUGAGAGCCGGAAAAUUCAUCGCCAGGAAAAAUUGGAUUGUCGUGGGUUCCGACGAUUUCAAGAUCAGAGUAUUCAAUUACAAUACCGGCGAGAAAGUAGCCGACUUCGAGGCACACCCCGACUACAUUCGCUCGCUUGCUGUGCAUCCAACUAGACCUUACCUACUUUCGGGAUCUGAUGAUACUACUAUCAAGUUCUGGAACUGGGAGAAGAAUUGGUCUUUGGAACAGACUUUCGAAGGCCAUCAACAUUUCGUGAUGAGUGUUGCCUUCAAUCCUAAAGACCCAAGCACUUUUGCAUCUGCUAGUCAGGAUUUAACCGUUAAAAUCUGGUCACUAGGGCAAGCAACCGCCAAUUUCACAUUGAACGCACACGAAACGAGGGGCGUCAACUAUGUCGACUAUUACCCACUACAGGAUAAGCCUUACUUAAUUACCAGUUCUGAUGAUAGAACUGCUAAAGUCUGGGACUAUCAGACGAAGUCUUGUGUGGCUACUUUAGAGGGACACAUGGCCAACGUUUCAUUUGCCAUAUUCCAUCCCUCUCUGCCUAUUAUCGUUUCCGGGUCGGAAGAUAGCACUCUUAAAAUCUGGAACGCCAACACCUACAAGUUGGAGAAAACUCUUAACCUUGGUUUGGAAAGAAGUUGGUGCGUUGCCACGCAUCCCACGGGAAAGCGCAAUUAUAUUGCUUCAGGAUUCGACAGCGGCUUUACGGUUUUGUCCCUGGGCAAUGACGAUCCCAGACUAUCUUUGGACCCGGUUGGGAAGCUCGUAUGGUGUGGUGGAAAAAACGCAUCUGCAACAGAUGUCUUCUCGGCUGCCAUCAGAGGCGUUGAAGGCUCUGCAGAUGGAGAAGCUAUUCCUCUUCAAACAAAAGAACUGGGCACGGUUGAUGUUUUCCCGCAAUCUAUGAAGCACUCUCCAAACGGGCGUUUUGUUACAGUAGUUGGAGAUGGUGAGUACAUUGUUUAUACUGCUUUGGCUUGGAGAAACAAGGAAUUCGGUAAAUGUCACGAUUUCGUCUGGGGGCCAGACUCGAACAGUUACGCGCUAAUUGACGAAGCGGGUCGCGUAAAAUAUUACAAAAACUUCAAAGAGAUGACUUCUUGGUCCAUACCGCUAGAGUUUGGCAUAGAAAAACUUUAUCCAGGUGCGCUAUUAGGGGUGAAGGCAGAUGGUUUCGUAUAUUUUUUCGACUGGGAUUCUGGAUCUCUCGUCAGAAGAAUUGACGUGGACGCAAAGGAGGUUGUUUGGUCCGACAAUGGCGAGCUUGUGAUGAUGAUAAACAAUACAGAUGACAAUAAUGCUGAGGAAAGCCCAGCUUACGUUUUGGAGUUCAACAAGGAAGUUUACGAAUCAUUUUCAGCCAAUGACGAGGACGCCGGUGAAGAGGGUAUCGAGGAAGCAUUUGAUGUCCUUUACGAGGUUAGCGACCAUAUCAGUUCGGGAAAAUGGGUUGGCGAUGUCUUUAUCUACACAACCGCUACCCACAGACUCAAUUACUUUGUGGGCGGAAAGUCUUAUAACUUAGCACAUCUCGACAAAGAGAUGUAUAUGCUCGGAUACCUCCCCAGAGACAAUAAGGUUUAUUUGGCAGAUCAUGACAUUCAUAUUUAUGGUUAUGAAAUCUCCAUUGAGGUUCUUGAGUUCCAAACUCUUGUUCUGAGGGGUGAUUUAGAGGAAGCGAAAAAAACGAUUCUACCUAAUAUCGAAGGAAAGGAGAACUUGCUGAAAAUUUCCCGAUUCUUGGAGGGCCAAGAGUUUCAUGAAGAUGCUUUGGAGGUAAGUCCCGACAACGAUCAAAAGUUUGACCUCGCUUUGAAUCUUGGCAAGCUUUCAUUGGCCCACGACAUAGUCAGUGAAAAUGAGAAUGAGUUCAAAUGGAGAAGGCUUGGUGACAAGGCUUUGGAAUCCUUCAAUUUCAAAGUAGCUGUCGAAGCGUAUGACAAGGCCUCCGAUUUAGAGUCGCUAUUUUUGCUUUAUUCAUCGUUUAAUAACAAGGAUGCUUUGGUCGCACUUGGACAUAGAGCACAAGAUGUGGGGAAAUACAACUUGGCAUUUAAUGCGUUUUGGGUAGCUGGUGAUAUAAAGAGUGCCAGAGAGCUGCUCGCCUCGAGCGGCAGAUACUCCGAAGCAACUAUACUCUCCAAAGCAUACUCUGGAGACUUGGAAGAGACAAAUAAGCUGGUCACGAAGUGGAAAGAAAGCCUUGCUCAAGCAGAUCAACAUACCGUAGCCUCUAGAAUUCUUCCUGCUACCAAGGAGCAGCAAACCCCUUUAAUCGAUAUGGAUGCUGGUAACGAGGAAGAGAAAACGGUUGAUGAAGACGUGAAUGAGGAAAACGAGGUGCUCGUGGAUGGAGCGCAAGAAACGCCUCAAGCUGAUGAUGAGGUUACUGACCAGGCGGUAGGGGAUGAACUUGAAGAAUCACAGGAUUGA